GAUCUCGCGCGCCUUUCAAAUCAUUUACAGAUGUAACUUCUUGGUCUCGGAAGUGAGACACGCGAGUCAAUUUUAUUCAAGAAAGUGUUACCGGUCGUACCGUGAAAGCCAUCGAGAUGAUUGAAAUGGAAGAUCCGAACCUAAUGUGCCGACAGGAAAGUACGGAUAGUUUAGAUUCUAAUUCUGUACAUGAGGAAUAUUCGUCCGAAGAAGACAAGGAGGACGACGAAGACGACGAGUUGGAUAUCAACGAUUUUCAGCUCGUCAAAACUGUCGGAACUGGUACGUUUGGCCGAGUGCUACUGUGCAGGAAUAAAUACACAAGCGCGUACGGAGCGAUGAAAAUACUGGCGCUAGCCGACGUAAUCAGACUUAAGCAGGUGGAGCAUGUAAAAAAUGAGAAAAAGAUACUAGAAGAAAUUCGACACCCUUUCAUCGUAAACAUGUUGUGGUCUUCGAAGGACAAUUCAAGCAUCUACAUGCUAUUUGAGUACGUGUGCGGCGGUGAAUUAUUUUCAUACCUGAGAAAUGCCGGAAGGUUUAGUUCACCUACGGCCAAUUUUUAUUCGGCUGAAAUUGUAACCGCCUUAGACUAUUUGCAUUCAAGAAAUAUAGUCUACAGAGAUUUAAAGCCCGAAAACCUACUUCUUGAUAAGAACGGCCAUAUGAAAAUCACCGACUUUGGAUUUGCGAAGAAACUAACCGACAGAACGUGGACCCUUUGUGGUACGCCCGAAUAUUUAGCACCCGAAAUUAUACAAAGUAAAGGACACAACAAAGCCGUCGACUGGUGGGCACUAGGGAUACUUAUUUACGAAAUGCUCGCCGGUUAUCCUCCUUUCUACGAUGACAAUCCAUUCGGAAUAUACGAGAAAAUUCUAAGCGGGAAAAUAGAAUGGGUGAAGCAUCUUGAUCCAGUUGCGAAAGACUUAAUUAAAAAACUAUUAGUACCAGACAGAACGAAACGUUUAGGGAAUAUGAAGAGCGGUGCUGACGAUGUGAAAAGGCAUAGGUGGUUCAAAGGCGUCGACUGGUACCAGGUCGUCACAAGAAAACUGGAGGCGCCCAUAAUUCCUAAAGUAUCGUAUGACGGCGAUACAAGCAAUUUCGACGAGUACCCCGAAAUAGACUGGAAAUCAGCUAGGCCACUAGAUGAAGAUGAACAAAAACUGUUUGAAGAUUUUUAACAAGAAAUGUGCGUUGUGUACAUAUGAGUAGAGGAAUAGUAUUAUAGAAUUUAUGUGCUAUAUCAAGUAUUUAUUAUUACUAUGUGAUAAAUUGUUAAUUAUUUAGGUAAACUAAUAAGUGUACAUAAGAGUGAA